GGUUCUACUGAAUAUCGCUGUAGUUUGUUGCACAAUACAAAGAUAAUAGUUGAAAUUUCAUCAAUGCUAAGAAGCAAACCAAACAUUGCUUGAAAAUAACUGGUCAGGUUCAGAAAAAGUUAAGGACCUAGCGCUGGCUGACAUAAAACUUUAGUCACUGAACGAAACCGUACCUCCAAGCCUCCUUUACAAAAGGUACAAGUUGAUAGUCUAGAAAUUUCUAAAAAAGGGCAUUUGUUUUUGAAAUUUUGCAUAAGGGAGAUGUUGCGGUUAACUUUAGAUAUAAUAGAGUUUUAUUAGCGAAUUUAUCAAAUAAGAUUCGGAGAUUCAAAAAUUGCACUUCUUUCUAUGGACAUACAAAGGCCCCACGUUGUAUUUUGUAUUUUGUAUUUUGUUUGUACUUUCUUACCUAGCAACCAAAGAUAGUUUUAUGAUAACGAGAAGCUAUGCUUGUCGUGUCCUGGUCCUUCCUCUCGAUGUGAUCACACCUCGCAACCCAUAAGCCUGGAAAUACAGAAAAGGUCUUGAAUCUGUAGUCAGUGCCCUAACCACUGAGCCAUCCUCGCACUUCAUGUAAAUAUAGUUUUAUACUGAGCAUUAGUUUAGUCUUUUAAGUGUUAUUUUUAUACGGUUAAAUUGGUGUUAAUUUUCAGUUAAACUUGCGGUAUUGCUAUCAUUCAAUCGAGACAGGUAGAAUGUUGAAUGAUAACACGGGUGAAAUAUAGAGUGGAAAAAUAAUAACAUCAUAAAUUAUAUCUGGCAAAUUCCGCCCACAGGCAAAAAUUAUAUUCAUUUGUUUGUUGGUUCAAAAAGUAUGAAUCUAGCCAGAACAAGCGUGAUCGACAAGCAAACUUCAUGUCUUUUGCUGGUCAUAUCUCAUCCAUUCUCUGUACAGAUUUAUUUUUCUUUGCACAUUAACAUUUAUAAUGAUUGUGUUCUUUUUAGAUUGCCUUUUGAAAAUAAAAAAAAGUUAAAAUGGUAUUGAAUGAUGUCAUCAACUAACUAGUCUAAUGAGCUAGAGUUUAUCACAUGGAUUGUUAGUACAAAAUAUUACAUUAUCGAUUGUUACAGUAGUAAAAAGAGAACUGUCGGUUUAAACCAAUUGCAACUAUUUUCUUGAAUUGCAGCAUUAUUUUAAAUGCAGGAAGACGCUAGGGACAAUAACCAGCUCUGAGAGAUGCCAAUGUUUAUUGCUUAAAGCCACGGUAUCCUGAUGAAGUGGUGCUAACUGGUAAUAUAAAAAAGGCCAAUAACCAGUAAGCUCCAAUAACGCUAACAAUACAUUGGUUAGGAAUACAAAGAGACCGAGAGCUCUCAACCAACUUGUCAUGGAACUCCCUGCAACGAGAAUGAUUAUCUUGGCCGUCCAUGCUUUCAUUUAUAUUCAUCCGAUCAAAGCGUCAGGUUGUGACUUCGCAUUCGACUCAACGAAAGGCAAUUUUUCUUCUCCUGGUUUUCCAUCGACAUUUCUAUCAAACAAGCAAUGCACGUACUCCAUCGUGGUGCCUGUUGGAAAAAUAAUCCAACUUAACUUCGUCAAUUUUGAUCUGGGCCAGCUGGGUUGUGCAUAUGCGGAAUUCAAGGUCUACGAAGGUGCUAGUUCAUCUGAUAGACUAGCUUUCAAAAGGUGUGGGAAAUCACUUGACCCAUAUUUGUCGGAAGGCAAUCGCCUGUUUAUAUCCUUCAAAGCAGUAUACAUGACGACAGCGGGAUUCAGAGUGAAGUAUAACGUAAGAGAUGGCUGCAGCAUGGUUUUCGACGAGAAGGAAGGCACAAUUGUGUCACCGAAGUUUCCAUCAAACUAUCCUAAUGGCGUCAAAUGCACUUACAAGAUCACAGCGCCUACCACCUCUAAGAUUCACCUUAUAUUUUCGCGAUUAAGGUUAGAGUCUAGCUCUUCAUGUGCAAAAGACAGUCUUUCAGUGCAUGAAGGUAGUGACGAGAGAACGCCAGUAGUCCUCAAGAAAUGUGGCACAAAUACAACACAGUACCUGUCUACAAGCAACAGCAUAUUCCUUCAGUUUGUCUCAGAUUCAUCAGAAAAUGAGGAAGGUUUCAAAAUAUUCUACAUCGUUGGCAAAAGAGGAUGCGAACAGACGUUUAAUGCGGUCACUGGAAAUAUAACAUCACCGAUGUACCCUUCAACCUACCCAAACAAUGCUAAAUGCACUUAUAAAAUCAGCGCAAUGGAGGGCAACUUGAUCCAGCUGUCUUUUAAAAAGUUCUCGCUACCUGGCUAUGGUGACAAGGACAGACUUAAGAUAUACGAAGGGACAGAUGAAUCUGGCAUGCUUACUGAUUCAAGAACAUGGGCAAUUAAUUACCCUUAUAUUUCAAAAAGCAAUAAUCUUUUCAUGGUUUUUCAAACAGAUUCCACUGGAACAAGUACUGGCUUCGAAAUAGAAUAUGCAGCAAGAAAAGGUUGCAACAUUCACCUUGCAUCCGUAAAUGGGGUUUUUACUUCUCCUUUGUAUCCACACACUUACGAAAACGACACAAGCUGCAAUUACACUAUCACAGUACAAUCUGGAAAACGCAUUCAUUUAUAUUUCCAAAAAUUCGAACUUGAGUAUGACGAGUCUUGUGCCCAUGAUAGUCUCAAGAUCUUUGAAGGAUCUGGUCGUAAAGCUACAUUAGCUGAAAUAUUGUGCGGAGAAUACAAAAACAAGCAAUUCAUUUCAGCAAGCAACCAAGUAUUCUUACAAUUCAAGACAAACAGCAGAAUUUCUAAAGCAGGGUUUUUGGCAAACUAUUACACUACACAGAUAAAUUGCGAUGCAUAUUUGACUGCAAAAAGUGGAACAAUUCAGUCACAGAACUUUCCAAAUAAUUACCCAAACAAUGCUAGAUGCACAUACCAGAUCAGAGGAAAAAGCGGUGACAGAAUCCAGUUGAUAUUCUCCACGUUUUCCAUUCAGAAUAGUAACAGAUGCAGUGCUGACAGCUUUAAGGUUUAUGGUGAGACAAUAUCUGAAAGCUCACUGAUAGAAACGCGAUGUGGGAGUAAUGUCACAGAGAUGUCCAGUGCAGCUUCUCGACUAUACAUUGUUUUUACUUCUGACAUAAGCAAAGCUGACACAGGUUUUCAGAUAUUUUUUCAAGUUGGACCGGAUGGUUGUGGUGGUAUCUUUAGCUCCGACAACGGUCUCAUUACGUCACCAGAUAUUUCAGGGAAGUAUCCAAAUAAUGCCAACUGUAGAUAUAAAAUUGUUGGUUCAUCUGGAAAGAGAAUAAGCCUACUUUUUUCAUUAUUUGCGAUUCAGUAUCAUGAACUGUGCAAGUAUGACAGCCUCAGAAUCUAUGAUGGUCUGGCAAAAGAUAAUAGGACGUUAUUGGCUACGAGAUGCGGGAGUGAUGCAACACCAGUAUUAUCUAUUUCCAAUCAGAUAUCACUUGAGUUCAAAACAGAUGGCUCCGCAACAGGGACAGGCUUUCAGAUCUAUUACUUUGUUGGGGAUCAAGGGUGCAACCAAAACAUCACAUCAUCCAAUGGAACAAUUUCGUCACCUUUAUUUCCAAUUCCAUAUCCAAACAAUGCAUUUUGCACAUACUCAAUAGAAGUUCUAAAAUCCCAAAGAAUAGAAUUGAUUUUCCAGUCAUUCAUGCUACAGGCUUGCUGCUCUCCUGUUAGCUGUGAUACACUAAAAGUGUAUGAUGGAGGUGACUCGGCUAAGCCUUUGCUUAGAACUAUGUGUGGUACACAGCACAAACCACUGAUAUCUUCGAGUAACAAGAUCUUCAUAGAGUUUAAAUCUGACGGCAGUAUACCAAAUUAUGGAUUCAAAGCAAAUUUUGCUACAAAAGGCCCAGGGAUGUGCAAGAAAAAUAAACCAUGCAUGAAUAAUGGCACCUGUGUUGACGUAGCUUCAGAAAAUUACAAGUGCCAAUGUCUCCCUCAGUAUACUGGUGUGAACUGCAGUGCGAGUUUUGAACCAUGCAAUUCCAGUCCAUGCUUGAACGGUGGCAUCUGUAAAAACGUAUACGACAAAGUUUCUGCUAAUUUUGAAUGUAUUUGUCAGGAUGGGUUUACAGGAAACCAAUGUGAAAAGCGAUUUGACGAGUGUCUCGGCUAUCAGAAUGACAUUAGAUGGCAAAGGAGCAUCAGCUACACGGCCAAAGGGGACACAUCUGUCCAAUAUUGUGACAAGUCACUUGCCAGUGGCUGGUACCGGUUCACGAGUAAAGCUGGCCCUGAUAUGCCUACUGCAUGUCCCCCUGCUCGUUCCUGCGGUUCAAGUCUGUCCAUUUGGGCUAAUGGAACAUUACCCAGAAACGUUGGGGACUAUGCAACAUUGCAAGCUUGCGUUCGGAAUAACGUUCAGUGCUGCACAGCAUCGUGGAGCAUCAGGGUUAAAAAAUGCAUUGGAAACGGAACAACUUUUAAUGUUUACCGACUAACCAAACCACCAGCUUGUCCAAUGGUUUACUGUGCAGGAACUGAGGUACCUUGUCCGGCUGGUUGGAACUCCCCAACUGGUUUCACACCAGGUUGCACCAACAACUUUCCAAAAAUUAUAUCAAAUCCUGAAAUUUCACCCGGAAUCUUCAAUAAACAACUACAGUUUACUUGCAAGUUUGGCAGUGACGUGAAAGAUCCUACAGCCAAGUUUGAAGUAACGUGGUACGAGGGAUCUCCUGCAAAGAGAAUUAACCACACAGUGUUUUUAAAAGGGUCAGAAAGGGCAGCCACGCUGCAGAUCAAGAGCGAGUACAGCAAAAGGCCUUUCUUCGCACUAGGAACAACAGUCUUCUGUCGUGUACGCAGCUGGUACGAGGGAAACACGAUGACCAUGAGCAAAAGUCCAUUCUACGAAAGCAGUCAUUAUUUCUCUGGCAUGAAGAUCAUACCACAAAAGCAUCAUUACACGGUAAGUGAAGCAGGCAAGUCCUUAAAGCUCACUGCCCUUGCAACAGUUCCAAUUUUGCCCGAGACUGGUAAAACCUGUAGUGUUACUGUUCAAUUGUACCAAGACAACAAACAAGGCUUUCUUAGCACUUGCAAAAUAGAGUUCAAGCCUGGUCCGGCAAAUCAGACCCAAGUCAUCGAGGUCAUGGCAAAAAGAGACUUCAUCAUCGAUGGGAAUCAAGAAAUGAAGAUUAAAGUCAGAGUGAUCGGCCACAUUCACUGUCCGGACUGGAAUAGUCAUCACAAAGUACCUGAUAUUGUGAUCAUCAUUGUCGAUAUCAACACAGAGCGAUGCACGUCAAGUGGAGAUCCACAUCUUAUCACAUUUGACAAAUUAUAUUACAAUCAUUAUAAAGCAGGAGACUACGUACUUGUUAACAGUACGUGCAGAGUGUUCGAGGUGCAUGUUCGAACGUGGAAGUGUGCCGCUGUUACUUGCAACUGCGGAAUUGCGGCUAGAGAAGGUGAUGACGUCAUAGUGGUUGAUAUGUGUAGAGAUGGGGUUCCUAGAGCGAGGUUUGCAAGCACGACAAGACCGACCACUGGUACAUCAUUGCAUCGAGACGAAACUGGAAAAAGUUUCAUCAUUCAAUUUCCGUCUGGUGCCUUUAUUCGAAUUGAUAACUAUCGAUGGUAUGGCAAUACGUACUACGCAAAUGUGGUUGUUCAAGUGCCAAGUGACGACUUCAAUUGUACCAUUGGUUUAUGUGGUACAUUUGAUCGCAACAUGCAUAAUGACAUGCAAAGCAGAAGUGGCAAAAUCUACACUUCAAUGAACGUUGGUUGGCAAGCCCCUGUCGGAUUCAGUGAAAGCUGGAAAAUACAAGCAGGAAAAAGUCUGUUUUACUAUAAAGAAAAGGGAAAAAGCUCUUGCAAAAAGAUACUAAAGACGAAGUUCUGCACUUGCAAAAGUAGCUCAGAUGGCUCAUCUCACAUUAAUUGUCGUCAUGAAUCAAUUGCCGAUCGCCCGAGCUAUCUUGAUACCAGUCAAGGAUGGAGAGAACUAAAACCAUUGUUACCGAGUUGCGGAGAGAGAAAAAGAAGAUCUGUCGAAGAAACCAUUUUAAUUCCGUCUACGAAUGACGAUGAUGCAUUCUAUGUUUACCACCCUGCGAACAUAAGUUUCACGGUGCCUAGCUGGCCAACACCGCUUGGAAAAAGCAAACUGGAGGUCGAAGUUUACUGCAAUAACACAGUGAAGAAUUCUGCACCAGGAAAAAUAUGCUCUGCGAUCAAAAAAUUUGACAUCGAUUCGUUUACAAAUCAAUGCAUUACAGAUGUUCAGAUCACUGACAACUACAUCUUCUCCAUGUCAGCUGUGCGUUCAAUGCAAUACGCAUGCGAAGAGAUCUUUUUGAAAAACACUUCUUACUGGAGGCUCGAUUCUACAAAAAAUUCAACUCUGACACCACCAAUGGAAAUAGCUAAAACACUUUGUCCUUCAUUGUGCAGUGGUCAUGGCUCUUGUGUAAAUGCGAAGUGCAGAUGUAAUGAAAGUUACACGGCUGCUGACUGUUCCAUCAACAAGCACAAUGGCCCAUCUGUCGUUUCAGUGUCGUCAAGAGGCCUAUGUGAUGCGAGAAAGAGAAAUGAUUGCGAAAUUGUCAGGAUACGUGGAUACAAUUUUCUGGAAUCUGAAAAGCUUUCCUGUCGUGCCACGAGGAUCAAGAUCAACAGUAUUGGAUAUAGAAAAACAGCCAUCUCAACAACACAUACCGCGUACCUUCUUAGCUUUGGCGAAGUGGUUUGCAAAAUCAACAAUCAUUCCAUUAAUUUAGACCAUUUUUCCAAAACAUUUUAUAGCCCUUCGUACGAAGGAUACGUUCUUGAAGUGACAAAUGAUGGGAGAAAAUUUUCUAGAGAAGAGGUUGUUUUGUUAAUAUAUGACUCGAAAUGCAUUGCUUGCAACACCAAUAACACUGUUUCAUGCAGAAUAAAGAAUGGCAAGUGCAACAUCGAUGGAUAUUGUUUUGACGAUGGCGAAGUGUCAAACUUUGACAGCUGCUCGAAAUGCAAUCCAAGUCUGAGUCAGACAACUUUUACGCGAGAUAAAGCAUGCAAGACAAAUUCAAAACUAGUCACUGUGGUAUCAAGCGUUAGUGCGGUCAUCGUACUUCUUAUUGUGAUCCUUGUUGCAUUCAUUGUUUUCAAGCAGAAGAAAAAGAGGAACAAAGCAGUUAUGCCUUGUCAAAAAGAAGUCCAACUAGACAGAAAGUUUGAAAAUUCUGCCUUCGAUGGAGACAGUAUGCAGUAAAAAAAUUAGAGAAUUCCACUUGAUAAUGCACUUAGGUAAAAGUUGCUGAAUGUAGUAGAAUUCCUUAAAGAAUAUGUAAUUUCUGAAUCAACUUCAAAUUUACUAUUUUGCUAUAAAUAUCAUAUCGUGGGCAUUCAGA